ACAAACUGAUGGAAGGACGGCUGGGAUGGAAGGAUGGCAAGGAUGUCCUUACUGCAGUGUACUCCUUUUGGCAAGUCAAACGAAGCGAGCACGCCACCGACUGCGGACCGAUUCCUUGGCACAAAAGUGAACUCCUUACGGAGGAGUUCUAGUUCGAGGGUGUCGGGAAAGUUAAGGGGAGUUCCAAUUGGGAUAGGACCAGGACCACCUCCAGUGAAAGUGAAACCAAUAUGAAACCAGGUCCCGAAACCCUCGAUGAGGGGGAAGAGGAGGGCGAAGGCCAGGAUCAUCACGAGGGGGAUCCCAAGCCGCUGCCCUACGACUUUGAAAAGGAACUGAUCCAAAAUUCCAACCGACAUAUCCGUCUCUACGAAGCCUUUGUUCCCGUUAGCCAAGUACACCCUUUAACCCGGAAGUUCUACGCCCAAUUCGAGCAGCGACAGCCGGAGAAUCCGCUGCGGUAUCUCCGCCAUACCUGGCCGGAGAAGCAGAUAGAGAGAGACCGCCAGCUCAGACAGGGGGUUCCCGUGCUGGAGUCCCAGGUCUACGGAUGGCUGCCCCUCCAGACCCGCGACCGAGUUCCGGAUCUCAAUGUCCUGCAUGCUCCCAAGCUGCGAUGUGGAAUGACAAUCCAUGGAGAGCGAUUAAUUGCCGAGAGAAUUACAGAGCGACCGCCAUUUAAUGGACUUCGAUUUCUGCUUCAUUAAAUUUAUUUUAAAGUUU